CAAGUACCACGCAUUUUUGAGUUUUUUGUGAUUCUAUUAGCGUCAGGUUAAUAAUAGUCAUUUUAGAAUUUAAAAAUAUUCAGACGGAAAUCCAAAUUUCAGUUUUGAAACUGAGCAUAUAAUUAUAAAGUUCUCCGGAUGUUUAAAAAAGAUAUCUGGCGCUUCGGCGCCGUAGACGUGCAGGAUGACAGUGGACUGGUGCGCCACGGAGUGGUCCGCGCAGUGGAUGCCAAGCAAGGCAUUACUGUUGAUUUUGACUGUCCAGGACAUCGUGCCGAUCUGACACCAUUCACUGCGUUCGUCAAUGGUCGUCUCAGUCAGUUGUCUCCCUACAUAUACAUCGUUCCUGGAGACGAAGUGCAGGUCCUUUUCCGAAAAUCCUCGGACCAGCCCUGGUGCUGGCAUCCAGCGAUAUUCGUGUCCGAUGUAGGUGUCAACGCGUUUGCCUUGGUGGAGAUCAGGUUAACUGAGGCUAACACUGUUCGCGAAGUGGUGGCCUUAGAGAGAGUGCAGCGGCUGGGCGCCAUGCGGCCCUGCAAAUGGCGGCCUGCGUCUGCUACGUUUCCCUAUCAAAGACAUUGCGCGCAGUUACCACAGGAUUUCCUGGCUACGGCCAAUAUGGAGACGUUCCUAGAGUUAUGGCGCCAGCAUACAAAGACCCUCGGCGCUACUGUUGACAAAAACAGACUAAGUUACCUCGCACAACGAGGAAAGCAACUGACGCCAUGGCAGUGUGCAGAUGCAUUUCGCUGCAUCACUGACCUGAUGCAUAAGCGAGGAAUCAAAAGAAGCUGUGACGACGAGGCUGAAACUAACACUUCGCAGCAGUUGGUUUUGAGAAAUCUGGAUUCUUCGGAUGAAGUCCACAAUUUGGACUUAUUUAUGUGCUACAUGCCUGUGGAAAUACUGCUUGAAAUUCUCACAUAUCUCCGUGUGGCCGACCAGGUUAAGCUCCGCCGGGUUUGCUCAACAUGGGACAUAAUUCUCAAAUCCAUUCUGGUAUCAUCUGUUGUUAUUGAUCGCGAUGUGCACGGACCGGAAACAUUGAUUCCGAUAUUGUACAAAGUAGUCACCGAUAACACGAAGACCUUAGUUUUCGUCGGAACAGAUAAAUUAGCUCGUUUGGCACUGCUGGAGCAACCAUUUCGCAUUAUGAUCGACUUAUUAGUGGCUAACAAGGUCAAGGUCCCGUUAAUUAUCGUUGCGGGGUUUUACAUUUUGAGUGGGAUUUGGGCUUUCAGUCGGGAAUGUACUCGUGGAAAUCUGCUACACAGUGGCAGCAUGUCUGUACAAAAUUGGUGCUGAGAGAUAUGGAGGUUAUCAUUUGUCUGGACGACAAUCCUUGGCAGAUAUUGGAGACCGCUGAAUGUACUUCACGUGUAAUGGUUGUGGAAAACAAAAACGGCGAAGAGACUAAAUUUGUUCAGAAGACGGUGAGCAAGAAAACCAUCAACAUGAAUGGCAAGGCUGAGCUGUCGCUGUUGGAUUUUUUAAAUGUUUGAAUUAGUCGGCUGAAUUGCUGUUGGUUUCUUCCAAGAUAUGCUGUGAUGGUGGGUUAAAAUUUGGCUACAAAUGUUCCGCCUCUUUUUAACGAAUAUGUUCGUUUAAUACGUGUGAUUAGGUUGGAGUCUUUGACCUUUUUACCCGCUUUUGUUGCAUGUGGUGGGCGUACUGUGCCUCAUCAAAAUUUAUUAUUGUAAGUUGUGUUUCUUUUGGCACAUAAAUUUACGCAGCGGAAAGAU